AUGGGGUCACUGAGUUAUUUUUUGGGCCUUCAGGCUCAGUUUACAGCAACUGGCUUGUUUCUUAAUCAAGCAAAGUAUGCCACAGACAUACUGGAAGCAGCAGGGAUGCUUGACUGUGCCCCUAUGCCAACCCCUUUACCAUUACAGUUAGAUCGUGUUCCACAUCAGGAUGAGCUUUUCACCAACCCCAAAUACUUCAGAAGCUUAGCAGGCAAGCUUCAGUAUCUGACAUUAACCAGACCAGACAUACAGUUUGCGGUGAAUCUAGUGUGUCAGAAGAUGCAUGAGCCUACUCUGUCAGACUUUCAUCUCAUGAAGCGGAUACUGAGGUAUCUUAAAGGUACUCUAGAGAUGGGUCUAACGCUUGAAUCGAACACAGAUACUCAAUUGUUAUGUUUUUUAACGGCGCUUGCGGACAAGGUUGCAGCUUCAGGAUUCUAUGUUGUGGUUCCUGAUUACUUCUACGGAGAUCCUUAUGAUCCCUCUCAUCAAGACAGACCCGUCCCUGUCUGGAUCAAAGACCAUAGCCCUGAUAAGGGGUUUGAAGAUACAAAGCCAGUACUUGAAGCCAUUAAGAACAAAGGCAUAACUGCCAUUGGAGCUGCAGGGAUGUGCUGGGGUGGAAAAGUGGUUGUGGAAUUGUCUAAAGAAGAGCUGAUCCAAGCAGCUGUUUUGCUUCAUCCUACUUAUGUCACUGUCGAUGAUAUCAAGGAUGUGAAGGUUCCAAUAGCUAUACUAGGAGCUGAGAAUGAUUUUUUGACCCCACCAGCACUCGUGAAGCAAUUUGAGGAGAUUCUUGCUUCUAAACCCGAGGUGGGUAGUUAUGUGAAGAUUUUCCCCAAUGUCUCGCACGGUUGGACAACUCGGUAUGACAUCAAUGAUCCAGAGGCGGUUAAAGCUGCGGAAGAAGCUCACAAGGAGAUGCUUGAUUGGUUUGUGACUUGCGUCCAAUGAAUGAUUGAGAGAAGGCUAUCUCUUAAGUGAUCACAUUUGCUACUGUUUGUUGAAUAGCAAAUAAGGAGAGAAGUAAUAAUUAUAAUAAAACUCUUGGGUUGUGUGUGUCUCUCCACUCUCUGUUCUUGUCUAUAGGUAUGUUGAAUAAAAAAUAAGUAUGUUGUUGCUAUGUUUGUUAGUUUGGCCUGUGAUGCCUUUCGUUUAUCAUUAUUUUAUCAUUGCAAAAACUUUACCCUUUCUCA